AUGGCAAAGUCUUUCUCCUUCUAUUGCUCCCUCCUCUGUCUUGUGCUCUCCAUUGCACGCCCUAGUUAUGCCAUCAACGGGGCCCCCGAGGCGCCUGCGGAUGCCGCCCCAUUCGCUGUCGCUCUGUACAGGUCCGACGGCAACUUCCAAAGAUGCGGUGGUGUGCUGAUCAGCCCUUACUCGGUCCUCACGGCCGCCUCGUGCAUUCAGAAUCAAUCGCACAAGACCCUGGUGGCCCAUGUUGGCAGCAACAACCGCACCACCAAAGCGGGAAUGCGAAACCUGACCUCCAUCAUCCAGCAUCCUGACUAUGAUAUCGACACCCGGGACUCUGACCUGGCGAUCCUCACUCUGGGUGAGCCAGCGGAUGACGUCAAAUUCGCCCUCAUCGAUGAUUUCGACUCCAGCAUCGGUGCCAAUCUGACCGUGUACGGCUGGGGGUUCACCAACUAUUCAAUCGGAAUUUUCCCGGACAACAUCCACGAGCUCGUGACCGUGGGCAUUACCCGAGAGAAGUGCAGAUCCGAGUGGAAGGGCGUUCAUACCAUCUCAGACCGGAUGGUGUGCGAUCAGCCACCGACGGAGAAGGCCGCCUGGCUGGGCGACAAGGGAGGACCGCUGGUGAACAACGCUGACGGCACCGUCGUUGGCCUGGUCAGUUUCACCAUCUACGACACCGACUUGAGGAAGGCCAUGCCCGAUGUCUACACGGAUUUGGGAUACUUCCGGCCUUGGAUUAUGGAGAAUGCCGUAUUCUAA